UGAUGCCACGCCCCCGGAACUGUCCACUUCCCUUUUCACCACGCCCACAGACCGCCCAUCCUGCUGCCGGGGCAGCAAAGUAGCUUUCCAUGCACAGCCCAAUCCCUCGGUUCCCUCUCCACAUCUCCACAAUCAUCUACUCAUGUCUACCGUGAUUGUGGUGGACAAGCCACCGGUGAGGCUGGACAUUCUGUCAGUGCGCUGGGAACAUGAUGGGCGCCCCCUGGUGGAAUACAAAGAAGGAAAUUUGACAAUUUAUAACCCCCGGGCCUCGGUGCCAUUGGAGCAAUUUAAGGAUGGGAACAUCUCGCUGGUCCUGACGAACCUCACCCGGAGCGAUAGAGGAAAUUACACCUGUCUGAUCCAAUAUGGCAGACAGCGAGAGAUGACCCGCUACAUCCUAGUAAUAGAAGAAAACAUGAUCCAUUUCCUGAACUUGGCGUCUGACUCCAGAGAUACUGAUCUGAGUGAAGCCCAAACAACCGGAAGAGACAGUAAAUCUGGCGCAUUCUUAGCUAUUGCUGCAGACAACAUUCAGAAGGCUACACCAGGAGAUAAUGUUACCCUGAAAUGCAUCUUCAAGACAGAAAUUCCCAUUGAAAUGGGAUUGCUGACCGUGCAAUGGAUGAAAGAUGGGGUAAACCGGUUGUUCAUGAACAAGACAUGUUGUGGCCCGAAUGAACCGAGAAUACCUGAGGAAGCCCUCAGUAGAGGAAAUGCAUCUCUAAAGCUGAGAAAUGUCCAGAGAGAAGAUGCCGGUACCUAUACCUGCUAUAUCAAAUACAAGUCACUGGAAAAUAGCAUGCGGGCCACUCUGCUGGUUGAAGAGACGUUGGGCUCCACGGUAGAAAUCACCAGAAUGUCAAAGAGAAGAAGAACUAACAUACCGAGACUUGGCCAAAUAACCCAGGAUGAAGUGGAAGCAGCCCCCGACAGUGAUGAAGCGGAUGCUGCACCUGAAUUCAAGACUUUAAAAAUUGGACUGGUCUUCGGAGUGGUGGCCGUCACCGGUUGUCUCGCUGUCUUUAUUUUCUUUUGUUUUGAGGGUUGAUUCUGAGUUUUAUUUUCCUCACAAAGCUUCGCGUGAGGUUCCAAAGUGCUGGCUAUAGAUUAUUUAUAAAGAGCACAAAGUCCUUUUUGCUAUAGCCGUGCUUCAUGGUUAACGCAGAAUAUCUGGCACAAGCAAUAUAGCGGCAGUCUUCAGGAUUAAUACGCUGCAGGGGGCAUCUACAAAAUCCAUCCCAAGUGAAGUAUAAGACAAGACCUGAGGAAUGCUAGGGGGUAAAUGUUAUAGGUUGAGAGAAGACGGGGGUGCGGGAGUUUGUGCGAGAAUGCCUUUCUUUUUAAAGAGGCAACCAUUUACAAAAUGAUUGCCGCUUUAAAAAUAAAUGCAUUCGCUCACAAACUCCCGUACCUCGGGCUUCUCUCAACCUAUAACAUUUACACCUAAGUCUGAGCUGGCAGAAAUGUCACCAAUAAAUGCCCCCUUUCACCCCAACUUUGUCAUUGGGUCUAUGUACUAAGACUUUUCCAUAAGCCCUGAACGCCGGGACUACGGUGCGGAGAGUGGCGUUACCCUAUAGAAGCCUAUGAGCUUCUUUCUGCAUCCUUCAUGAAACGGAUCUGAUCGGGACGGGACGACUGCCAAAGAGGACUUUGCAAUGUAUUAUUACUAGGCUAGGACUGUAAGAAGAGGAACUUUGGCACCUACUGUAUUUAUCAAAAUGUGUCGGUAAGGAUGAUUCUCUGGUAUCGCUGCAAUUUAUGAAGUGUAACCGAAAGCCUAGAAUUGGAUUCAGAUUCUCUGAUAAAAUAAAUAAAUUGUAAAAAAAUAAAUAGAUGAUAUUAAAAAAUAAAACAGAA